AUGAGCAUGAACAACCACAUACGGUUGGCCUGUGAUCGAUGUAGAGCCUCAAAGCUACGGUGUCCACGCGUUGAGGGCCAGCGAAACGAGGUCUGCGAUCGUUGUAGACGAGCUGGCAUGUCAUGCAUUACCAGCAGUGCUCGCCCUCUAGGCAGACCUCGGACAAGGCUGCCUGCCCGUACAUUGGCUGCGUCAACUUCUCGAAAACAAGGGCAUGAAGCGUGCAGUUCUGCUGAUCUUCAGAUGUUUCCGACUAGCUCAAAUCAUGCUACAAAUACAAUGAGCGAGGAUGUACUGAAUGGCUCACCAGACUUGCCGAACGGUCCAAGCUGGCCUGGUCUGUCAUCCAGACUCAGCUACGAUGUUAUCGACUCGUUAAUUCCAGCCAAUACGAACGAAAUCCUGAAUUUCAAUGAACCAACACGAGGCGAACUUCAACCCCCGGGGCUGGGUACGCCCGAUCAUACCUUGUAUGCGGAUCUCGUCAUGACGCCUAUCAGCAACGAGAGCUUAUCUCUGCAGCCACCAGAUCAGUCAAGUGCAAUCAUCAAGCUCUCGCAACUCAUCGAGAGAAUUGCCAAUCACAAGACCAACGCUGAAGCAUACCCGCUAUGUGUACCGCCUGACUGGCGCAUCUGUGCCGAGUCGUCCGAAGAAAUUGCAAGAAUCCCUGUUGUCCAAGCACUUCAGGUUGCAUCUGAAUUAAGUGUCAUUCUCGAAUGGCUGACCUCUGACCCAACGAGUACAACCCCAGCUACCUUGUCCACGGCUUAUCACCCAAGUUCAUUUCAUGUCGACAGCAGCUAUUCUCGCUCCAACCCAAACGAUAGAGGCACAUUGCCUCAAGACAACGGGUUUCCUUUUAGCAAACCGAUUAUGCUUCUGAUUUUGUCAAGCUAUCUUCAGAUUCUCGAUCUUUACACCUACAUCUUCGAUCGUGUGUGCCAGGUCAUACAACAAAUCCCGGACACGACUACCUUCUUCCACAGGUCGGCCAGGUUCCGUGUUAAUGGUAUGGGCCAAUUGAAAGCUAAGUUAUACGUAAGUUUCAUGAUUCAGGCCGUUGCAGACGAUUUGCGCAGCAUCGAAAAUCUCAUGGGCCUUCCGCAGGAUUUCUGCAUCUCGCAACAUGCCAUUUCCACCAAAGGCAUUUUCAGUAGCCCGGACGCACUAUCCCUCGUACAACUCGUCCUGUGUCAGAAUGGAAGAGCUUGCGAGAAAGACUCGGCCACUUCACUUGUUGCCGGCCUGAAAGAGAAAAUUCAACUAUUGGAACGGCUGUUCCAACGCUGA